GGCGGGAGAAGGGGGCCGAGAGAAAACGCCCUGGAAACUUGGUUGAUCAAGAGUUUGGGAAACAGUGACAGAGUCCUCUUAGACUGCAAAGUCACAACUGGAAGGAAGCAGUUUUCUUGGGCUUGUAGAGGACAACUUUCCAAGGAUGCUCAAGCUGGUGUGAGGCUUCUUGGGCGCAAACACUGCGCACAGAAGUCAAGAACAGAAGAAAUAAAGCAUUGGAAUAGAAGCCCUUGGUGUUGCUUGAGCAGUCCAAGAGAAAGGCUAGUUCCUCCACACAAGUGUGACCACUACAAGAGGAAAACAAAACAAGAUGGCAGAGGAAGAGGAAACCAGGGAGGUGCUCUUUCCAGAUUGGGAGGGUCCUGAUAAAACAGGCUUGACCAUUGGACAGGUAGAUGGAAGUCUCUUUGUCAAGGAGGUGAAAGGGGAAUCACCUGCAGCGCGAUCUGGAAGAGUAUACAAAGGUGAUCAGAUAGUGGGUGCCACUAUCUACUUUGAGAACAUGAGCUCAGAAGAAACAGCUGAACUACUGAAGACACUGAACCAACACAAGGUUGGACUGAAACUACAAAACAAAGGAGACAAAUCGCCCCUAGGCACACCGUGUCGCUCACCUGUGAGCACUCUGACAUGGGAAGGCAAGAUGCGACAUGGGAGCACAAGUCCAGACAUCAUCUUGAGCGGUGAUGAUGAGGACUACAAGAGAAUAUACACAAAAAAGAUUAAGCCACGGCUGAAAUCUGAAGAACUUGGAGAUGGCGUCGAUAUACGGACUGAACGGCAUAGCAGCACAAGCAGUGAUGGCAGUACCAUUACGACCAUCACUCGUCGCAUUACGACCUACACCUUAGACAUGCCGAGUGGGGAUAUCCCCCCUCAUACCCUAACUGCACACGGCAGCCCUUCAGGUAAAACGGGAACAGAUGAUGGAGUUUUUCUUCAGAGCAGCUCCUCUCUCACGUCGCAACAUGUUAGCUCCACAGAGAAGCAAAGGGGCACAAGAGGGGCUUGGAUAGCAGACACCACAGAUGAAAAGAACGAUAGAGGUUCAGAGCUCAUUAUUAAAGGCCCAAAUCUUGGAAGAGAAAGCCAGGAAAGCUUUGGGAUCUCAAGUCAAAGUGGAGAGCAAGGAUAUGGAAGCACACAUAUAUCUGAAGCAAGAAUGACAAUAAGAGACAGCACAAACAGGACAGUAGUCAGGACAGAAGAUUCUGGUCCAGCUUCAGCCAGUGUUACUUCAGGCAUCAGUUUAAUCAAGGGUGGAAAUGUAAAUCUGACAGGUCCAGAGGUGAAAGGUAAUAUUAAUGUCAAUCUUUCAAGCAAAGGAGGUGCACAGACAGGUGGAAUAGACACAAAAGCUGCUUUUAGUGCAAAAGGGGGCACUAUAAGUGGCUUUGAAAAACCAGCCAUCAAGAUGCCAGGAUUAAGAAUGACAGGAGACAAUAAGGACGAAGCAAGUAUUGAGGUUAAACUUGCAAAAGCAGACGUUGACCAAAAUGUACCCCAAAUAAAUCUAGCAGGUCAAGAAAUUCAUAUCAAAGGUUCAGCUGCUGAAACUGAACACUACAAGGUACCCAAAGACAGUAUUACAAUUCACGAUGUCAGUACUGGAAGGCAGGAAAAGGAGUUAAAUACACUCCAGAUAAAUAUACCAGGACAAGGUGUUGAAAAUAUAGCAGCUGGAAUUAAAAUUCCAAAACAUAUUGGCAUCAAAAGAAUAAAUGUCGAUAUAAACACACCUGAAGCUGAUCUUAAAGGUUCUGUUGCUGGCACUGAAGAGAACAAGGGUGGAGUCAGUAUGCCUGAAAUCAAAGUGCCAUCACUUUCAAAAGCACAAUUUUCUGGUCAUGACAUAGAUUUGAAUGUGAAAAGUCACAAAGUGAAAGGUGAAGUUGAUAUCAAUGUUCCCCCAGCUGGUUUUCGUGCAGGAGUCCUUGACAUUGAAGUGCCAGAAGUUGAAACUGGGGGUCUGAGUAGCAAUAUCAAAGAACCAAAGUUCAAAAUGCCACCAGUUUCAACACAACCAAUUCAGAUGCAGGAGGUGAAUUUGAAUGUUAAAGGUCCCAAAGGAAAAGGAGACAUUGAUGUGUCUUCUCCAGACAUUGAAGGAGACAUAAAGUCUACAAAGGUUGAUGUUAAAGUUCCAGACAUUGAUAUUGCAGGGCCUGGUGGCAAAUUUAAAAUGCCUAGUGUCACAAUGACAUCAGUUGGAUCAAUUGGCUUGAAAGGUCCAAAAGCAGAUGAGCCUGAGACUGAAAUCAACAUUUCCAAAGCAGACAUUGGCAUGCAAACACCUAAAGGAGAUACUGAAGGACCAGAGGUUGGCAUGGAGGGCCCAAGUGUAAAGAUUAAAGGACCAAAAUUAAAAAUUGCAUCAAUUUCAGCACCAGAUAUGAAUAUGCCUGAAGUGAAUGUGAAUCUAAAAGGUCUGAAAGUAAAAGGAGAUGUUGAUGUGUCUGGGCCAAAGCUUGAAAGAGACAUAAAAUCAACAAAGGUUGAAAUUGAAGGUCCAGCCAUUGAUAUUGCAGGCCCGGAGGCUGUAUUGAAAAAGCCCCAGAUAAAAGGGAAAGGUCCUGAUGUUGUUAUCAAUCUUUCAAAAACAGAUAUUAAUAUCAAAGCACCUGAACAUGAUAUUAAAAGUCCAAAAGUUGACAUUAAAGGCCCUAAGGGUGGAUUUAGUCUGCCUACAACCAAAAUGCCAUCAAUUCCAGCACCAAACAUUACCAUGGCCAAAUUUGAUUUGAAUAUGAAAGGUCCCAAAGUGAAAGGAAAUGUUGAUGUGUCUGCUCCAAAGAUUGAAGGAGAUAUAAAACUACCUGAGGGUGAAAUUGAAGGGCCAGACAUUGACAUUUCAAGUGCCGGGGGUGGAUUUAAAAUGCCCAAAAUUAAAAUGCCAAAAAUGAAUAUUAAAGGUCCAAAAGUGGAGGGAGGUGACGUUGACUUCGAUCUUCCCAAAGCCGAUGUGCACAUGACAGCGCCUGAUGUUGAUAUUGAAGGGCCUGAGGGUGGAUUUAAAAUGCCCCACUUCAGUCUGCCAAAAUUUGGCUUGAAAGGUCCCAAAGUCGAAAUGCCUGAUGUUGAUAUUGAUCAGCCCAAAGCAGACAUCGAUAUCAAACUGCCUGAAGGUGAUAUCAAAGGACCAGAGGUUGAUAUCGAGGGUCCUAGUGGGAAGAUCAAAGGAUCAAAGUUCAAAAUCCCAUCUAUUUCAGGGCCAAAGAUUAAGAUGCCAGAUGUGGAUUUGAAUUUGAUUGGUGCCAAAGGAAAAGCAGGUGUUGAUGUGUCCGCUCCAAAGAUUGAAGGAGAUAUAAAACUACCUGAGGGUGAAAUUGCAGGGCCAGAAAUUGACAUUUCAAGCCCAGGGGGUGGAUUUAAAAUGCCCAAAAUUAAAAUGCCAACAAUGAACAUUAAAGGUCCAAAAGUGGAGGGAGCUGACGUUGACUUUGAUCUUCCCAAAGCCGAGGUGCACAUGAAAGCGCCUGAUGUUGAUAUUGAAGGGCCUGAGGGUGGAUUUAAAAUGCCCCACUUCAGUCUGCCAAAAUUUGGCUUGAAAGGUCCCAAAGUCGAAAUGCCUGAUGUUGAUAUUGAUCGGCCCAAAGCAGACAUCGAUAUCAAACUGCCUGAAGGUGAUAUCAAAGGACCAGAGGUUGAUAUUGAGGGUCCUAGUGGGAAGAUCAAAGGACCAAAGUUCAAAAUCCCAUCUUUUUCAGGGCCAAAGGUUAAGAUGCCAGAUGUGGAUUUGAAUUUGACUGGUGCCAAAGGAAAAGCAGGAGUUGAUGUGUCUGUUCCAAAGAUUGAAGGAGACAUACAACCACCUGGGGUUGACAUUGAAGGGCCAGACAUGAAUAUUUCAGGUCCUGCAGGUGGAUUUAAAAUGCCCAAAAUCCCAAUGCCAUCAAUUGGUUUUAAAGGCAUGAAAGGGGAAGGUCCUGAUGUUGGUAUCAAUCUUCCAAAAGCAGACAUUGAUUUCAAAGCACCUGAAAUUGACAUUAAGAGUCCAAAAUUUGAGAUUGAAGGGCCAGAUGGUGGUUUGAAAAUGCCAGACAUAAAACUGCCAACAGUUAGCAUUAAAGGUCCGAAAGUGGAGGGUCCUGAUGCUAACAUCAAAGUUCCCAAACCUGACAUUGAUAUCAAAGGACCAGAUGUUGACAUUGAAGGGCCCGAGGGUGGAAUUAGUCUGCCCACAAUCAAAAUGCCAUCAAUUCCAGCACCAAACAUUAACCUGCCCAAAUUUGAUUUGAAUAUGAAGGGUCCCAAAGUGAAAGGAAAUGUUGAUGUGUCCACUCCAAAGAUUGAAGGAGAUAUAAAACCACCUGAGGGUGAAAUUGAAGGGCCAGACAUUGACAUUUCAAGCCCUGGGGGUGGAUUUAAAAUGCCCAAAAUUAAAAUGCCUACAUUGAAUAUUAAAGGUUCAAAAGUGGAGGGAGGUGACGUUGACUUCGAUCUUCCCAAAGCCGAUGUGCACAUGAAAGCGCCUGAUGUUGAUAUUGAAGGGCCUGAGGGUGGAUUUAAAAUGCCCCACUUCAGUCUGCCAAAAUUUGGCUUGAAAGGUCCCAAAGUCGAAAUGCCUGAUGUUGAUAUUGAUCGGCCCAAAGCAGACAUCGAUAUCAAACUGCCUGAAGGUGAUAUCAAAGGACCAGAGGUUGAUAUUGAGGGUCCUAGUGGGAAGAUCAAAGGACCAAAGUUCAAAAUCCCAUCCUUUUCAGGGCCAAAGGUUAAGAUGCCAGAUGUGGAUUUGAAUUUGACUGGUGCCAAAGGAAAAGCAGGAGUUGAUGUGUCUGUUCCAAAGAUUGAAGGAGACAUACAACCACCUGGGGUUGACAUUGAAGGGCCAGAUAUGAAUAUUUCAGGUCCUGCAGGUGUAUUUAAAAUGCCCAAAAUCCCAAUGCCAUCAAUUGGUUUUAAAGGCAUGAAAGGGGAAGGUCCUGAUGUUGGUAUCAAUCUUCCAAAAGCAGACAUUGAUUUCAAAGCACCUGAAAUUGACAUGAAGAGUCCAAAAUUUGAGAUUGAAGGGCCAGAUGGUGGUUUGAAAAUGCCAGACAUAAAACUGCCAACAAUUAGCAUUAAAGGUCCGAAAGUGGAGCGUCCUGAUGCUAACAUCCAAGUUCCCAAACCUGACAUUGACAUCAAAGGACCAGAUGUUGACAUUGAAGGGCCCAAGGGUGGAAUUAGUCUGCCUACAAUCAAAAUGCCAUCAAUUCCAGCACCAAGCAUUACCAUGCCCAAAAUUGAUUUGAAUAUGAAAGGAAAUGUUGAUGUGUCCACUCCAAAGAUUGAAGGAGAUAUAAAACCACCUGAGGGUGAAAUUGAAGGGCCAGACGUUGACAUUUCAAGCUCCGGGGGUGGACUUAAAAUGCCCAAAAUUAAAAUGCCUACAUUGAAUAUUAAAAGUCCAAAAGUGGAGGGAGGUAACGUUGACUUCGAUCUUUCCAAAGCCGAUGUGCACAUGAAAGCGCCUGAUGUUGAUAUUGAAGGGCCUGAGGGUGGAUUUAAAAUGCCCCACUUCAGUCUGCCAAAAUUUGGCUUGAAAGGUCCCAAAGUCGAAAUGCCUGAUGUUGAUAUUGAUAAGCCCAAAGCAGACAUCGAUAUCAAACUGCCUCAAGGUGAUAUCAAAGGACCAGAGGUUGAUAUUGAGGGUCCUAGUGGGAAGAUCAAAGGACCAAAGUUCAAAAUCCCAUCUAUUUCAGGGCCAAAGAUUAAGAUGCCAGAUGUGGAUUUGAAUUUGACUGGGACCAAAGGAAAAGCAGGUGUUGAUGUGUCUGCUCCAAAGAUUGAAGGAGAUAUCAAACUACCUGAGGGUGAAAUUGAAGGGCCAGACGUUGACAUUUCAAGCCCCGGGGGUGGAUUUAAAAUGCCCAAAAUAAAAAUGCCAACACUGAACAUUAAAGGUCCAAAAGUUGAGGGAGGUGACGUUGACUUUGAUCUUCCCAAAGCCGAUGUACACAUGAAAGCACCUGAUGUUGCUAUUGAAGGGCCUGAGGGUGGAUUUAAAAUGCCCCACUUCAGUCUGCCAACAUUUGGUUUUAAAGGUCCCAAAGUCAAAAUACCUGAUGUUGAUAUUGAUCAGCCCAAAGCAGACAUCGAUAUCAAACUGCCUCAAGGUGAUAUCAAAGGACCAGAGGUUGAUAUUGAGGGUCCUAGUGGGAAGAUCAAAGGACCAAAGUUCAAAAUCCCAUCUUUUUCAGGGCCAAAGGUUAAGAUGCCAGAUGUGGAUAUGAAUUUGACUGGUGCAAAAGGAAAAGCAGGUGUUGAUGUGUCUGCUCCAAAGAUUGAAGGAGAUAUCAAACUACCUGAGGGUGAAAUUGAAGGGCCAGACGUUGACAUUUCAAGCCCCGGGGGUGGAUUUAAAAUGCCCAAAAUAAAAAUGCCAACACUGAACAUUAAAGGUCCAAAAGUUGAGGGAGGUGAGGUUGACUUUGAUCUUCCCAAAGCCGAUGUACACAUGAAAGCACCUGAUGUUGAUAUUGAAGGGCCUGAGGGUGGAUUUAAAAUGCCCCACUUCAGUCUGCCAACAUUUGGUUUUAAAGGUCCCAAAGUCAAAAUACCUGAUGUUGAUAUUGAUCAGCCCAAAGCAGACAUCGAUCUCAAACUGCCUCAAGGUGAUAUCAAAGGACCAGAGGUUGAUAUUGAGGGUCCUAGUGGGAAGAUCAAAGGACCAAAGUUCAAAAUCCCAUCUUUUUCAGGGCCAAAGGUUAAGAUGCCAGAUGUGGAUAUGAAUUUGACUGGUGCAAAAGGAAAAGCAGGAGUUGAUGUGUCUGUUCCAAAGAUUGAAGGAGACAUACAACCACCUGAGAUUGACAUUGAAGGGCCAGAUAUGAAUAUUUCAGGUCCUGCAGGUGGAUUUAAAAUGCCCAAAAUCCCAAUACCAUCAAUUGGUUUUAAAGGCAUGAAAGGGGAAGGUCCCGAUGUUGGUAUCAGUCUUCCAAAAGCAGACAUUGAUUUCAAAGCACCUGAACUUGACAUUAAGAGUCCAAAAUUUGAGAUUGAAGGGCCAGAUGGUGGUUUGAAAAUGCCAGACAUAAAACUGCCAACAGUUAGCAUUAAAGGUCCGAAAGUGGAGGGUCCUGAUGCUAACAUCAAAGUUCCCAAAACUGACAUUGACAUCAAAGGACCAGAUGUUGACAUUGUAGGGCCCGAGGGUGGAAUUAGUCUGCCCACAAUCAAAAUGCCAUCAAUUCCAGCGCCAAACAUUAACCUACCCAAAUUGGAUUUGAAUAUGAAAGGUCCCAAAGUGAAAGGAAAUGUUGAUGCGUCUGCUCCAAAGAUUGAAGGAGAUAUAAAACUACCUGAGGGUGAAAUUGCAGGGCCAGAAAUUGACAUUUCAAGCCCAGGGGGUGGAUUUAAAAUGCCCAAAAUUAAAAUGCCAACAAUGAACAUUAAAGGUCCAAAAGUGGAGGGAGCUGACGUUGACUUUGAUCUUCCCAAAGCCGAGGUGCACAUGAAAGCACCUGAUGUUGAUAUUGAAGGUCCUGAGGGUAGAUUUAAAAUGCCCCACUUCAGUCUGCCAUCAUUUGGCUUUAAAGGUCCCAAAGUCAAAAUGCCUGAUGUUGAUAUUGAUAAGCCCAAAGCAGACAUCAAUAUCAAAUUGCCUCAAGGUGAUAUCAAAGGACCAGAGGUUGAUAUUGAGGGUCCUAGUGGGAAGAUCAAAGGACCAAAGUUCAAAAUCCCAUCUUUUUCAGGGCCAAAGGUUAAGAUGCCAGAUGUGGAUUUGAAUUUGAUUGGUACCAAAGGAAAAGCAGGAGUUGAUGUGUCUCUUCCAAAGAUUGAAGGAGACAUACAACCACCUGAGGUUGACAUUGAAGGGCCAGAUAUGAAUAUUUCAGGCCCAGCGGGUGGAUUUAAAAUCCCCAAAAUCCCAAUGCCAUCAAUUGGUUUUAAAGGCAUGAAAGGGGAAGGUCCUGAUGUUGGUAUCAAUCUUCCAAAAGCAGACAUUGAUUUCAAAGCACCUGAACUUGACAUUAAGAGUCCAAAAUUUGAGGUUGAAGGGCCAGAUGGUGGUUUGAAAAUGCCAGACAUAAAACUACCAGCAGUUAGCAUUAAAGGUCCGAAAGUGGAGGGUCCUGAUGCUAACAUCAAAGUUCCCAAACCUGACAUUGAUAUCAAAGGGCCAGAUAUUGAUAUCAAAGGGCCAGAUGUUGACAUUGUAGGGCCUGAGGGUGGAAUUAGUCUGCCCACAAUCAAAAUGCCAUCAAUUCCAGCACCCAACAUUAACCUGCCCAAAUUUGAUUUGAAUAUGAAAGGUCCCAAAGUGAAAGGAAAUGUUGAUGUGUCUGCUCCAAAGAUUGAAGGAGAUAUAAAACUACCUGAGGGUGAAAUUGAAGGGCCAGACGUUGACAUUUCAAGCCCUGGGGGUGGAUUUAAAAUGCCCAAAAUUAAAAUGCCAACAAUGAAUAUUAAAGGUCCAAAAGUGGAGGGAGGUGACGUUGGCUUCGAUCUUCCUAAAGCUGAUGUGCACAUGAAAGCACCUGAUGUUGAUAUUGAAGGGCCUGAGGGUGGAUUUAAAAUGCCCCACUUCAGUCUGCCAUCAUUUGGCUUUAAAGGUCCCAAAGUCAAAAUGCCUGAUGUUGAUAUUGAUAAGCCCAAAGCAGACAUCAAUAUCAAAUUGCCUCAAGGUGAUAUCAAAGGACCAGAGGUUGAUAUUGAGGGUCCUAGUGGGAAGAUCAAAGGACCAAAGUUCAAAAUCCCAUCUUUUUCAGGGCCAAAGGUUAAGAUGCCAGAUGUGGAUUUGAAUUUGAUUGGUACCAAAGGAAAAGCAGGAGUUGAUGUGUCUCUUCCAAAGAUUGAAGGAGACAUACAACCACCUGAGGUUGACAUUGAAGGGCCAGAUAUGAAUAUUUCAGGCUCAGCGGGUGGAUUUAAAAUGCCCAAAAUCCCAAUGCCAUCAAUUGGUUUUAAAGGCAUGAAAGGGGAAGGUCCUGAUGUUGGUAUCAAUCUUCCAAAAGCAGACAUUGAUUUCAAAGCACCUGAACUUGACAUUAAGAGUCCAAAAUGUGAGGUUGAAGGGCCAGAUGGUGGUUUGAAAAUGCCAGACAUAAAACUGCCAACAGUUAGCAUUAAAGGUCCGAAAGUGGAGGGUCCUGAUGCUAACAUCAAAGUUCCCAAACCUGACAUUGAUAUCAAAGGGCCAGAUGUUGACAUUGUAGGGCCUGAGGGUGGAAUUAGUCUGCCCACAAUCAAAAUGCCAUCAAUUCCAGCACCCAACAUUAACCUGCCCAAAUUUGAUUUGAAUAUGAAAGGUCCCAAACUGAAAGGAAAUGUUGAUGUGUCUGCUCCAAAGGUUGAAGGAGAUAUAAAACUACCUGAGGGUGAAAUUGAAGGGCCAGACGUUGACAUUUCAAGCCCUGGGGGUGGAUUUAAAAUGCCCAAAAUUAAAAUGCCAACAAUGAAUAUUAAAGGUCCAAAAGUGGAGGGAGGUGACGUUGGCUUCGAUCUUCCUAAAGCUGAUGUGCACAUGAAAGCGCCUGAUGUUGAUAUUGAAGGGCCUGAGGGUGGAUUUAAAAUGCCCCACUUCAGUCUGCCAACAUUUGGGUUUAAAGGUCCCAAAGUCAAAAUGCCUGAUGUUGAUAUUGAUCAGCCCAAAGCAGACAUCGAUAUCAAACUGCCUCAAGGUGAUAUCAAAGGACCAGAGGUUGAUAUUGAGGGUCCUAGUGGGAAGAUCAAAGGACCAAAGUUCAAAAUCCCAUCUAUUUCAGGGCCAAAGGUUAAGAUGCCAGAUGUGGAUUUGAAUUUGAUUGGUACCAAAGGAAAAGCAGGAGUUGAUGUGUCUGUUCCAAAGAUUGAAGGAGACAUACAACCACCUGAGGUCGACAUUGAAGGGCCAGAUAUGAAUAUUUCAGGUCCUGCAGGUGGAUUUAAAAUGCCCAAAAUCCCAAUGCCAUCAAUUGGUUUUAAAGGCAUGAAAGGGGAAGGUCCUGAUGUUGGUAUCAAUCUUCCAAAAGCAGACAUUGAUUUCAAAGCACCUGAACUUGACAUUAAGAGGCCAGAUGUUGACAUUGAAGGGCCCGAGGGUGGAAUUAGUCUGCCCACAAUCAAAAUGCCAUCAAUUCCAGUACCCAACAUUAACUUGCCCAAAUUUGAUUUGAAUUUGAAAGGUCCCAAAGUGAAAGGAAAUGUUGAUGUGUCUGCUCCAAAGAUUGAAGGAGAUAUAAAACUACCUGAGGGUGAAAUUGAAGGGCCAGAUGUUGACAUUUCAAGCCCUGGGGGUGGAUUUAAAAUGCCCAAAAUUAAAAUGCCAACAAUGAAUAUUAAAGGUCCAAAAGUGGAGGGAGGUGACGUUGGCUACGAUCUUCCUAAAGCCGAUGUACACAUGAAAGCACCUGAUGUUGAUAUUGAAGGGCCUGAGGGUGGAUUUAAAAUACCCCACUUCAGUCUGCCAUCAUUUAAUUUUAAAGGUCCAAAAUUGGAGGGUCCUGAUGUUGAUUUCAAUCUUCCGAAAGCAGAUAUCCGCAUCAAAACACCAGAACUUGAUAUUAAAGGUCCAGAUACUGAGAUUGAAAUGUCAUCAAUGUCAGGGCCUGAGGUGGAUUUGAAUAUCAAAGGUGGUCAAAUGAAAGCUGAUAUGGAUGUUGAUGUGCCAAAACUUGAAGGAGACAUUCCAACUGCAAAGGUGGAUUUUGAAGGAACAGAUGUUGAUAUUCAAGGCCAGAAAACUGGAUUUAAAAUGCCUAAAUUUAAAAUGCCAAAGUUUGGCUUUAAAGGUCCCAAAGUCAAAAUGCCUGAUGUUGAUAUUGAUAAGCCCAAAGCAGACAUCGAUAUCAAAUUGCCUCAAGGUGAUAUCAAAGGACCAGAGGUUGAUAUUGAGGGUCCUAGUGGGAAAAUCAAAGGAUCAAAGUUCAAAAUGCCAUCUUUGCCAGGGCCAAACGCAAAGAUGCCUGAUGUGGAUUUGACUCUGACAGGUCCCAAAGGAAAAGUUGAAGGUGAUGUGUCUGUCCCAAAGCUUAAAGGACACAUAAAAUCACCAAAGAUGGAAGUUGAAGGUCCAGAUGUACAUAGUUCAGGGCUUGAAGGUGGAUUUAAAAUGCCAAAGUUUACCCUGCCUAAAUUUGGACUUAAAGGCCCAAAUGUUGAGUUUCCUGAUGUUAAUAUCACAGUUCCUAAACAUGACAUUGAUAUCAAAGGACCUGAUGUUGACAUUAAAUCCCCCGAUGUUGUCAUUAAAGCACCCGAGGGUGGAUUGAGUCUGCCUAAAAUCAAAGUACCAUCAGUUUCAGGGCCAAAAAUUACCAAGCCUGAGGUGGAUUUGAAUCUUAAAGGUCCACAUGUGAAAGGACAAAUUGAAAUGUCUGUAACAAAGAUUGAAGGAGACAUACAACCACCGGAGGUUGACAUUGAAGGGCCCGAUAUGAAUAUUUCAGGCCCAGCAGGUGGAUUUAAAAUGCCCAAAAUCCCAAUGCCAUCAAUUGGUUUUAAAGGCAUCAAAGGGGAAGGUCCUGAUGUCGGUAUCAAUCUUCCAAAAGCAGACAUUGAUUUCAAAGCACCUGAACUUGACAUUAAGAGUCCAAAAUUUGAGAUUGAAGGGCCAGAUGGUGGUUUGAAAAUGCCAGAUAUAAAACUGCCAACAGUUAGCAUUAAAGGUCCGAAAGUGGAGGGUCCUGAUGCUAACAUCAAAGUUUCCAAACCUGACAUUGAUAUCAAAGGGCCAGAUGUUGACAUUGAAGGGCCCGAGGGUGGAAUUAGUCUGCCCACAAUCAAAAUGCCAUCAAUUCCAGCACAAAACAUUAACCUGCCCAAAUUUGAUUUGAAUAUGAAAGGUCCCAAAGUGAAAGGAAAUGUUGAUGUGUCUACUCCAAAGAUUGAAGGAGAUAUCAAACUACCUGAGGGUGAAAUUGAAGGGCCAGACAUUGACAUUUCAAGCCCCGGGGGUGGAUUUAAAAUGCCCAAAAUAAAAAUGCCAACACUGAACAUUAAAGGUCCAAAAGUGGAGGGAGGUGACGUUGACUUCGAUCUUCCCAAAGCCGAUGUGCACAUGAAAGCGCCUGAUGUUGAUAUUGAAGGGCCUGAGGGUGGAUUUAAAAUGCCCCACUUCAGUCUGCCAAAAUUUGGCUUGAAAGGUCCCAAAGUCAAAAUGCCUGAUGUUGAUAUUGAUCGGCCCAAAGCAGACAUCGAUAUCAAACUGCCUCAAGGUGAUAUCACAGGACCAGAGCUUGCUGAUGUACACAUGAAAGCACCUGAUGUUGAUAUUGGAGUGCCUGAGGGUAGAUUUAAAAUGCCAAAAGUCAAAAUGCCAUCACUUAAUUUGAAAGGUCCAAACUUGGAGGGUCCUGAUGUUGAUUUCAAUCUUCCAAAACCAGGCACCCACAUCAAAUCACCAGAACUUCAUAUUAAAGGUCCAGAUACUGAGAUAGAAGGGCCUAAGGGUGGAUUUAGUCUCCCUAAAAUAAAAUUGCCAUCAAUUUCAGGGCCUGAAGUGGAUUUGAAUAUCAAAGGCGGUCAAAUGAAAGGUGAUGUGGAUGUUAAUGUACCCAAAAUUGAAGGAGACAUUCAACCUCCAAAGGUGGAUUUUGACGGACUAGAUAUUGAUAUUCAAGGCCAAAAAACUGGAUUUAAAAUGCCUAAUUUUAAAAUGCCAAAGUUUGGCUUUAAAGGUCACAAAAUAGAACGGCAUGAUAUUGAUGUUGAUCUUCCCAAACCAGACAUCGAUAUCAAACUGCCUGAAGGUGCAAUUGAAGUACCAGAGGUUGAUAUUGAGGGUCCUAGUGGGAAGAUCAAAGGACCAAAGUUCAAAAUGCCAUCCUUGCCAGGGCCAAAUGUGAAGAUGCCUGAUGUGGAUUUGAAUAUGACUGGUCCCAAAGGAAAAGCAGAAGUUGAUGUAUCUGUUCCAAACCUUAAAGGACACGUAAAAUCUCCAAAGAUGGAAAUUGAAGGCCCAGAUGUAGGUAGUUCAGGGCUUGAAGGUGGAUUUAAAAUGCCAAAGUUUACACUGCCUAAAUUUGGACUUAAAGGUCCAAAUGUCGAGUUUCCUGAUGUUAACGUCGCAGUUCCUAAACCUGAAAUUGAUGUGAAAGGAGCUAAUGUUGACAUUAAAGCACCUGAAGGUGGAUUGAGUCUGCCUAAAAUCAAAGUACCAUCAGUUUCAGGGCCAACAAUAGACAAGUCUGAGGUGGACUUGAAUCUAAAAGGUCCUCAUGUGAAAGGACAAAUGGAUGUGCCUGUUCCAAAGAUUGAAGGAGACAUACAACCAUUCGAGAUUGACAUGGAAGGGCCAGAUAUGAAUAUUUCAGGCCCUGCAGGUGGUUUUAAAAUGCCCAAAAUUACUAUGCCAUCAACUGGUUUUAAAGGCAUGAAAGGGGAAGGUCCUGAUGUUGGUAUCAAUCUUCCAAAAGCAGACAUUGAUUUCAAAGCACCUGAACUUGACAUUAAGAGUCCAAAAUUUGAGAUUGAAGGGACAGAUGGUGGUCUGAAAAUGCCAGACAUAAAACUGCCAACAGUUAACAUUAAAGGUCCAAAAGUGAAGGGUCCUGAUGCUAACAUCAAAGUUCCCAAACCUGACAUUGAUAUCAAAGGGCCAGAUGUUGACAUUGAAGGGCCCGAGGGUGGAAUUAGUCUGCCUACAAUCAAAAUGCCAUCAAUUCCAGCACCAAGCAUUACCAUGCCCAAAUUGAAUUUGAAUAUGAAAGGUCCCAAAGUGAAAGGAAAUGUUGAUGUGUCUGCUCCAAAGAUUGAAGGAGAUAUAAAACUACCUGAGGGUGAAAUUGCAGGGCCAGACAUUGACAUUUCAAGCUCCGGGGGUGGAUUUAAAAUGCCCACAAUUAAAAUGCCAACAAUGAAUAUUAAAGGUCCAAAAGUGGAGGGAGGUGAUGUUGACUUCAGUCUUCCCAAAGCUGAUGUCCACAUGAAAGCUCCUGAUGUUGACAUUGAAGGGCCUGAUGGUGGAUUUAAAUUGUCAAAAGUCAAAAUGCCAUCAUUUAAUUUGAAAGGUCCAAACGUGGAGGGUCCUGAUGUUGAUUUCAAUCUUCCAAAAGCAGGUGUCCACAUCAAAACACCAGAACUUGAUAUUAAAGGUCCAGACACUGAGAUUGAAGGGCCCAAGGGUGGAUUUAGUCUUCCUAAAAUCAAAAUGCCAUCAAUUUCAGGACCUGAGGUCGAUUUGAGUCUCAAAGGUUCCAAAGUGAAAGGAGACUUUGAGGUGUCUGUUCCAAAGAUAGAAGGAGACAUAAAAGCACCUGAAUGUGAAAUCACAGGUCCUAAACUGGAUCCACUAUCUAUAUCAGGGCCAGCAUUCUCAGUGUCAGAUGCAAACCUAAAGGGGCUUCAUGUCAAAGAGGAGCUUGACAUAUCCAUGCCCACGUUAGAAGGAGAUAUCAAAAGUCCAAGUGGCAAAAUCACAGGACCCUCUCUUACUUUGGUAGGUGUUCCUGAGGACCUUGAAAAAUCAGGUGUCACAUUUCCCAAAAUCAAAGGUCCUAAAUUUGGAAUUAAGACUCCAGAAGCUGGUCUUAAAGGUAGAGGUGAGAUGUCCAUUGGAGUCAAAGGUUCCAAAGCAGAAGCUAGUCUCCCGGAUACUACAGCUGGUAUUGAUGCCCAUGAUAUAAAUUUAAAGGGAAAGAAAGGUAAAUUUAAACUACCUAAAGCCAAAGGAAAGACAGCAAAACCUGAUGUUGUUAUAAAAUCACCUGCAGUAGACGUGGCUCUAGAUGACCCUAAUAUUCAUGCAAAAGGAACUAAGGAAAAGAAAACUGUUUUUGGAAAGUUACAUUUUCCUGAUGUAGAAAUUGAUAUCAAAUCACCCAAACUAAAAGGUGAUGGCUUUUUCUCAGAUGCAUUAAAAUCUGACACAGAUUUUCCAUCAGCUAGCCUCAACACUGCCAUUGAGGGUUCCGCUACUGACAGUGCAAAUGUUACCAUCGAACAGCCAGAUGUGAAAUUUACAACAUCCAAAAUCAAAAUGCCAGAUGUAAAGGUGUCUGCUCCUGAUAUUGAUUUAAAUGUAAGUGGACAAGGAGAAACACUCGUGACUACUAAUGUACAAACAAAAAACGUAAAAGGUAGUGUGGGCAUGGGCAAAAGUGGUUCAGGGGGUCGUGCAUCUCAUGGCUUUCAAUACCCAGAGGGCACAGUAACAUUUCCCAAACUCAAAAUACCAAAAUUUGGUAUUAUUUCAGAUCAUGACGUUGGAGGAGAUGUUGGAUCAGAACCUGCAAUUAGCGGAGACAUAAAUAUUCAAGCUCCAUCUGCUAGUUUCGCUGUCCCUUCACAAAACAUCAAUGUUCCCAGUAUGGAGCUAAAGAAGAGUGAAGUAAAAGUAAAAGUGAAAAAAACUAAAUUAUUUGGGAAAUCAAAAGUCAAGGGCAGUAGUACAGGUGAUCUUCAUGGACCAGAGUUAGGAGGAAGUAAAGAUGUGAGUGUACAUGCUGGAGAAUUUAGGAGUGAAAAGUUAGAAACAGAGGGACAUUCUGGAUUGAGUGUGUCAUCUAAAGGCAAAUCAGCCUCGCUUGACCUUUUCAAAAAAUCACGGCAUCGGUCGUCCUCUUUGAGCGAUGAGGGAGGGCUGGCUGCUGCUGUCUCUCCAGGUCACUUAGAAGCAGAGGGUGGUGACAUUUCUUUAGAUCUAGGAGGAGCAAAGGCCAAAGGAAAGAAAGGCAAGUUGAAGUUUGGCACGUUUGGAGGUUUUGGUUCAAAGUCAAAGGGCUCAUAUGAAGUGACAUUUGGUGAGAGUAGUGGAGCAGCUAUCGAAGGCAGUGCAGGUGCAUCGCUAGCAUCGAAAAAAUCAAGAUUGUCUUCCUCUUCCAGCAGUGACAGUGGGUCCAGAGGUGGUUUUAGAUUCCCAAAACUUGAGCUUUCUGUGUCACCAAAAAAAUAAAGAAUUAUGAGGCAAGUUAAACUCUGUCAUGUACACCAAACACAGACCAUUAUGCUAACAUAUUAAAUCAGUCACUGGUCAACUCUUUAACAACUAAGAAGCAGUAGAUGCGCUUCUGAUUGUAGUUUACUGAAAGCAAAAUUCUCAACUAAUUACACAGGUGUACAUGAGAUUGUUUAAAACCCCAUCAAAGUGUAAAUAAGAUUAAUUUGUAUUGUAUUGGUAAAUAUUUUGUACAUAGUCCAGAUUUAUUGAAAAUAUACCAUGCCAUGAAAUUUUUCACAAAUAGUUUCUCAAGCAUUUGUUUUUUUUUCUUUCUUAUUUGAUUGUUACCUAUAUGGGCGUUAUUGAAGAAUAGGUGUGAUAUAUUUGUAUCUAGGGGUAUGUUGCACAGAAAAGAGUUACAGUAACUGUUUUGAAGGAGAAUGUUGUUCAUAAAGACAGACACAAAUGCUUAUUUUUCAUGUAUGAAAUGAUUUUAAGGUUUGCUAUUAUAUAAUCAGUGCAUAUUUACACACACAACAUAGAGCUGGCCCUGUAUACAAUCUUUUCAAGUGUGAUGGCAAUGUAUAGAUCUUAAUUGCAAAGACAAUCAAUGUGUUUAGAUACUAUUAAUGCUUAUUAAAGUGCUGCAAGUACUUUGUCAUUCAGUUAAAGUUCAUUCUUUCAAUUUAUAUUGUAUUUUAUUUACAGUAAUUAUGCAUUUGCUUCCUUUGUUUUUAAUCAUGUUUUGACUCCUGAGUUCGGUUCUUACCAUUUUUUUUUGGUGUUUCUUUUGCCUUUGACUUCACCCUUUGUUAAAAAAAAACAUUUUCUCAUUUUCUGGUCAAGAUUAAAAAUGGCAUGAUUUUAUUUGAAAAAUGUCAUAAAUAUACAAGAUCUUGCUAAACCGAUUGAAUUAGUUGCCAAUAAAUUCAUUGUUUAAAGAGUUGCAUUGUUUUGAUGGCUAUGAAGCAUCAAUGGGCCUAUUUUGUGUUUCAAUCAUGCAAAAUAAAUAAAACAAACUGUUAAACUGUUA